CUGGACGCUUUGAAUUAUAAUUAAGUCCCAAAUAUUCCUAUGCUAAAAAUUUAUGCGACGUUAAUUGGAAAAAAAGAAAAAGCAAAGAGUCGUUUCAUACCGAAAUCUGAAAUGUGAAAGCAAGCCCGAGGUGAUUGGAACGUUGAUAGUUGAACAAACAUUCAACGCAUCUGUGGAAGUUAUCACCGAUGGUAGGAACCGUCUUGGUAGAAAAGAUCAGCCAGUAGAGUGCAAACAGUCCAGGCGAUCGGAUCGCUAGUUCUAGCUUUUGUGUGCAACUGUGCAGGGCAGCAUUCGCCGGAUAUAGAUCAACGAUCAUGAAGGAAUUCAUUUUUCCAUUCAUAGUAUUGCUUGCCUACGCGGCCGCGAAUGUCACCUUUCCACGUGUUAAUUACACAAUCCUUCGGAACGAAAUAUUGAAGUACGAAGAACGACUGAUGAUAGGUGCCAAUUUGAUUCUAAACGACGAUGAAAAGGCCGCCAACAAAGUCCUAAUGAAAGCAAAAAAAGAAGAAUUGAAUGCUGGUUUCAAGGAUCCUAGUCAGUAUGCCCCUGCACGGAACUUCGUCGAAGCGAAGAAAGACAUUGAGAAAUCGAAGGUCUUCCAACUGCUUCGUCGCAUGCCCAAAGGAGCGGUGCUCCAUGUACACGACACUUCUCUCGUUAACGUCGAUUACUUGUAUCAUAACAUCACAUUCCGCGAUAAUUUGUACGUCUGCAUCGACAAAGAAGCCGUUAGGUUGCACUUCUUCCGAGUACCUGACAAAUCAUGCGACUGGCAGCUCCUGAAGAAGGUACGCGAAGACCCUAAAAAAGGCCGUCAGGUGAACGAUAUGAUCAGGAGCAGGAUGACGAUGGAGUGUGACAAUCCUGCGUUGGCCUAUCCAAACGUUAACAAGGCGUGGCAGAAGUUUAUGGACAUAUUCUCGUUCAUCAACUCCUUACUAACGUACAAACCUGUUUACGAGGAUCAUUUCCUCCAAGGUUUGGAAGAGCUAUACGAAGAUAACGUAAUGUAUCUUGAGCUUAGAUCCACCUUGCCAGAUUUGUACGAUUUAGAUGGCACGCAGUACCAACCAGAAGAUUUGGUCGGUAUCUAUCAGAAUCUUACUCAAAGAUUCAAGGAGAAACAUCCGGACUUCAUAGGGGUCAAAUUAAUCUACGCUCCAGUGCGAUAUGUUGAUCAUAAAACAGCGGAAUAUUAUAUAAAAACUUUGAAAAAAUUAAAAAUGCUGUAUCCCAAUUUUGUGGCUGGAUUUGACCUGGUCGGACAAGAAGAUUUGGGAUACACGCUUGAGCAUUUCGUAGAUUUAUUGAAAACCGUUGAAGGAGAUAAUAUUCCUUUCUUCUUCCACGCAGGUGAAACGGAUUGGUUGGGAGCUCCUACCGACGAAAACCUCGUUGAUGCUAUUUUACUAAAUACCAAACGUAUUGGACACGGAUACGCGCUGACCUCUCAUCCCUUCCUCCUGGAACUCGUCAAAAAAAUGAAUAUCGCUAUCGAAAUAAAUCCGAUCUCUAAUCAAGUUCUAAAACUUGUCGAUGACCUCCGAAAUCACGCUGCUAGACCGAUGUUCUCUGGAGGAUAUCCAGUGGUGAUAUCCAACGAUGACCCUGGAUUAUGGGGUGCAAAGGGUCUCAGCUACGACUUUUACGAAGGCUUUAUGGCACUCAUGUCGAUGCACGCUGAUCUCAGAAGUCUCAAACAAUUGGCACGGAACUCACUUAUCUAUAGUACUCUGCAUGACUCUGAGAUGCAGAAAGCGUUAGAUAUUUGGGAAAGAAAAUGGCAGACAUUCAUCAAGGACAUAGUAUCUGAAAAUUAUUAAAACCACAAAUGAAUAAAGUAAGAAUGACAAGAAUUUGAUUAACUAUUUAUAAAUAAUUAAACAAAAAACGACACUAGUUCAAUAACAUUUGUAAGUAAUAGAUAAUCUUUCUUGUUACUACAAUUUAAAUACAAUUUAAACGAUUCUGUGAUUGGUUAACUGCUCGCAAUUAUUAUCAUGCGUACAAUCGUACGUCUGUUAAUUCAUGUUUCGCGCAUGACCGUCUCGAGCAUUACUUAACGUCAACUGAUGUUGAAUUGUUGAUAAAACCAGUUCCCUGCAUAAUAUCUUUCAUCCGAAGAUAAAGCAACGCGAUUUACGCGCCACGGACGUUUCUGUGAGUUCUUUACGCUGAUACGCGAUUUAAUUUCAUUUAAAAUCUCUUUUCUUUUGCUCGCGCGACCGUAUAAUUAAGUCGACGCUCCGCACUACCGAAUUGAAAGCGGAGCUGUCGCACAGUGUCUUUUUCUUUUUUGCUGUUGUCUGGAAAAAAAUAAUGAAUAGAAUUACGCUUAAUGACGCGGCCUGAACUUACGUGGAAAUUACCCAGCAGUAAAAAAGGCGCGAUUCGCGCUGUUUGUUGCGCAAGACUAUCGAAUGCAAACAUCUGUCGCUUUCGGAUUGUUAACCGGAAAUUCAAUGGGAUCAAAGGUCACGUGUUGAGACAAAAACCAUAAAUCGACUUUAUACUAUUACAAUGGCAUAUAACAAUUGUUCUCUCUUACAUAAUUGACCUUUAUCGAGGACGAUAGAAUCAUCAAACACUAAUAAGAAUUAAUAAAGAUGUAAUCAAUAAAAUGUUAAAACAUAUAUCAGGGUGUGUUAUCUAUAAGCAAAUAAAUAGAUUAUAGGACUAUAUAAAUAGUUACGUGGCACGAGUAUUUAAUAAUACAGAGAUAUCUUAACUGGUUUAAUUAAAAGAAAUUAAUGCGAAAGAAAAUUCGAAAUUUUAUUACAUAUGUUAUUGAAUUUCUGACGUCUGUUUAUUUUAGUUCUUCUAUUUCAAUAAAUUAAUUAAUGAAUGUAUAAUAUUAUUUGACUUAAAUUCUUCCAUGAUGUAUGAUAUCAACUAUUAAAUAAAUAAAUGAAAAUAACAGAUAUAAA